AUGAUACAUAAAAAUGUUUAUUUUUAUCGUUCAAAGAAGUAUGCUGAAGCCAGGUAUAAGUAUGUAGAUAACAACUCAGCGCCAAUGGUGCGUAUUGACGACUGCGUCGCCAAAAUCGUGGAACCUACUAAGGAAGGCAAAUAUUUAGGCCAGUGCGAAUUUGGCUUAAGUGAUAUUGGUUCCUUUGACCAACCGGAAUGCCCUUCGCAAAUAGAUUUUAGUGCUAGAGGAAACUCAAAUAAUUUUUAUUUUCGAGCUAAUUUGUCUUGCUAUCUCAUUAAUCAUUGUAGAAAAAAUUAUUAUUCCAACAAAAUGCAUAACGCUACCAUUAGUAAUUUAUUCCAAGCUAUAAAAUUUGCCAAUUUCAUCAAUAUAUUUUUAAGCUCCGACCAAUGUAUAAAAAACACAUUAAAACACUCACUAACAGCUUUUUCAGGCCUCUUCAGUUUUAUUAAAGAAAUUAACAAUUUUGGGAAGAUGCAAUUCAUCAAUGCAAAGAAAAUGGUUUCCAACAUCAUCCGUUUUACUUUUACCAGCGUCACUAAGCCCCGUGUCAUUAAUGAAGUGGCAAAAAUGGCUAAGGAAUAUUCUUCCUUUAAAAUAAAUAAAUCUUGCUUAUUUGCCGCAAAUUCUGUCCAUAUGUUGAUAAGCAGAGUUUACUUCAUUAAGUGGCUCAAAAGCACUCACUCUUAUCUGAGUCUGCUUAUUCGUUUGUCGGGGCAAGAAUGGAUAAAUUAUUGCAUUCAUGUAAAAAAGCAGAAACAGGAAGCAGCAUUUGUGGGGACUUGUAAAUUCUCAGCCAACUGCUUGUAUGUGAAAAUGGCUUCAACAGCAGUUGCUUUAAGCUCAUCUUACCAUAAUUUGUUGGACAAAGCAAAACACUUUUAUAAAUUUGAAUAUAUCCAGAGAGAUAAGGAGAACAACAUCAUUACACAUAAUUCGGUGUUUUCCAAAAUUAUGAAUAAAAUUUUUUCCAACCUUUUUCAACAAUUCAAUAGUAGAUUCUGCUUAUUAAUACUGGACUUAGGCAAGGCAGUUUAUUCUUACUAUAAGCAACUUGUUCUAACAAGCAUUACUGAUAAAUUUAACAUACCGGGUUCCUGUUCCCUAACUCAGUCCAAACCAAUCCUUGAUGCGGAAGCCAUGCAUUGUCUUCACUUUGCAAUAAUUACUUCUGGGUGGUUUUUGCCAAUUUUAGCUACCACAGGUCAUUCAUUUCAAAAAAAUUAUGCCUUUAAGCCUAUGUUUCCCUCAAAAAAACAUGUAAAACCUUACUCAUUCUUCUCAGCGAAACUGUGCAUAGGUAAUUUAACUCCGAAUCAAGCAUCUACAUUCUGUACCAUCAGGUCCAUCGGUAUUUGCUUUGAUUUUACGGAUUGUCUAAAGAUGGUGCAAACAUAUUUAGAAGUCUCACAAAACUUAGUAAAAUUUGUUAGUAAAAAAAGAUCUCUUAAUUAUUUACUUAAGGUGUCUAAGCUUGAACACAAUGAUUUAUUACUUCUGGGAUUGCUCAGAAAGCGCUUUUAUGGACCAGAAUUACGUUUUACUUCGUUCUCAUUUGACUGUUUAAUCCUGCUUCUUAUUUAUCUUAUGAUUCAAACCUUACAUUUUCGACUGGAUCCAUUUAAAUGGAAAAUACCAGGUGGUGCUGCCUUCACACCUGAUUGCGCUGUAUUAACAUUGAUGCUGGCAGUGGCAGAGGCAGUGAAAUGGUUUCAAGUUGAAUUGUGGCUAGAACUUAAAUUGAUUGAUCCAAACAAGAAAUGCUCUGGGGUAUUGCUAACUCAAAUUGAAUUUACCCCUACAAGAAGAGGAAAUAUUUUGACUGGCACUAUCGAAUUUAAAAGUGUUUUUUCCUACUCCAACUCUGUGGCCAAAAAGAGUUUUCUUAGUGAUGUAGUUAUUUCAAAAGAUCACACAAAGAUACCAGCUAUGUUACGCAUCUACCUGGAAGAGCUUUGUGAGCUAAGUGGAAUAAAUUGUGUUAAAAUUGUUGAUUUUCUUCCAGUGAAAAGGCGUCAAUCUUCCCCAGUUUCAUGA